ACGAGCUUUUGUUAUUGAUUCUUUAACUAACGCUGUAUGACCGUCCCAUUGAUCUCAUGUUGGGAUAGCGCCGUCACAGUGUCCCAACUAAAGUUUUCCAGUUCGGGUUCUUUCAUACCCAAUCGAAUAAAAAAACUGGAACGUCAAAGGUUUCGGAAAAUUUAAACAGCCAUCAACAUUAGUGAAAUCGUAUCCAUAUUAUUAUACUACAAGUGUUUCUAAUAUAGCAGGCGUGUUUUUCAUAUUCCGUGUAAGGUUUGUAAUUGAAGAGUGGUACUGGUGGAUUCCUUUUUAAAGGGAAAGACGUACGGUUGGAAACAAAAAAACAUAAAAGGGCAAAUUGAGCAUACAAAGAGCGUGUGAUAAGCGUACUAUAUUUCGGCGGGUAGUUGGCGAUGGCAACAGAAGACGGCAUCGCGGCGAGUUACAUGCUUCGCGCCACCCUGGUGGGCCAUUCACAGGAUGUUCGUGUAGUGGCCACCUCCUGCUUUCCUGAAGGCGCGAUCGUCAGUGGGUCGAGGGACCGCACAACACGGAUCUGGACGCAGAGCGAGGAUCCUUCGUCGGUGUAUUCGGAAUCACAAUGCCUUCAGGGCCCGACUGGCUUCGUCUCAGCAGUAUGUUGUAUGCCACCUUCAGAUCAAUUUCCACAAGGUCUCGUUUUCGUCGGAUCGCAUGACUGUAACAUUUACUGCUUUAAUCUUGACGGAAAUGCACCGUUGCAUAAACUGCUGGGCCACUCAGGUGCCGUAUGCUCGUUAGCUACUGGUCAAUUCGGCACUCUCGUAUCUGGUUCCUGGGACAAAACGGCUAGGGUAUGGUCGGGUCAGAAGUGCAUGUUGACUUUAGAAGGUCAUCAAGGAGCUGUGUGGGCUGUAGCACUCAUGCCGCAACAGGGGCUAAUUCUUACGGGUUCGGCAGAUAGAGCGAUUCGUCUGUGGAGGGCUGGUGCUUGCGAGAAAACAUUUACAGGUCAUGAAGAUUGCGUUCGUGGAUUGGCAGUUCUGUCCACCAAAGAAUUUCUUUCAUGUUCAAAUGAUGGAACUAUUCGCCACUGGGAGACGGCGGGUGACUGUCUGCAUGUCUACAAGGGCCACACAAGCUUUAUUUACUCAAUUGUUGCCCUAGAAGACAGUGACUUUUUCAUAUCAUGUGGAGAAGAUGGUACUGUUCGCGUAUGGACUGUUCGGGGUGAUUGUCAACAAACACUUCGCAUGCCAUGUCCAACCGUAUGGAGCGUUACGCUUUUGCAAAAUGGAGAUAUCGUUGCAGGAUGUAGCGACAAUGUGGCUAGAGUUUUCACAAGGUACGAGGCGCUUAAGGCUAGUCCAUCAGAAAUUCGUGCCUUUGAAGAAGAGGUUGCAAAGUGUACUCCAGCACCGCAACAGCUUGGAGACAUUAAAACCGAGGACCUUCCUGGUACAGAAAUGCUUAAGGAACGCGGCAAACGCGAGGGACAGACGAUUCUUAUUAGGGAUGGUGCUCAGGUGUCUGCUUACAUGUGGUCGAUGGACCAGCAAAGCUGGAAUAAAAUAGGUGACGUCGUUGGAACUCCGGACGGCACUGGAAGUCCAGGCUCAGGAAGCAAAGUCAUGUACGAAGGCAAAGAAUAUGAUUUCGUCUUCAAUGUUGACACCGACGACAACUCUAAGCCGAUCAAAUUGCCAUAUAAUGUUAAUGAGGAUCCUUGGCAUGUAGCACAAAGGUUUAUUCACCAGCAUCAGCUGCCGCAAGACUAUUUAAGUAACGUCGCUAAUUUUAUCAUCACUAACACCAAAGGUGUCACCCUUGGAGCAGAGGCGCCAUCUCAAGAUUUUUGCGAUCCAUUCACGGGAGGGAAUCGUUAUGUACCGGGUUCCAGUCGCGGUAUUUCUAUAGAUGUCGCUCAAAAUGGCAAUACAAGUCCAGGAGAGGUGAAACACCUUCCCUACACCGGUAAAUGGAUCGCUUUCGACAUCGCCAAUACAUCUGGCAUGCUAAAUAAAUUGAAGGAAUUUAACUUACAGGUUCCACCAGAAAAUAUUGUUCGUAAUGAUGGAGACUUAGAUGCCCUCAAAGAUUUGGUUGAAUGCCGAGUGGAUACUUUGGAGGAAAGUCACAUCCGCACUCUUGAAACCCUUCUUCAAUGGCCCAGUGAGUUCAUCUUUCCUGCUCUGGAUGUGUUACGGUGUGCAAUUCGUAGUGAAGCGGUUAAUUCUUUGAUGUGUGGUGGCGCGGGAAGUUCGCAACUGGUGGCUCGAAUUGCAUCCCUUAUUGCUUCACCUGCUCCCGCAAAUCGGAUGCUUGCACUCAGGUUCUUUGUCAACAUGUUUCUUCGGGAAGCGGGUCAGCGAUUAGCCAAUCGCGAAUGGGAAAAAAUUUUAAAGGUUUCAUCCGAGUUUGGGUUCAACGGAAACAAAAACACCCAAAUUGCAUUGGGCUCACUCUACCUUAACUUCGUCCUUCUCUGUAACAGCGAAGCUGAACAAGAGACGAACACGUUCCGUUCGCAGUGGCUAGUUCGCAGUAUGGCUGAAGUGAUUUCCCGCCUUUCGGAUCCAGAAGCCCAGUUCAGGUUGCUGCUGGCCCUAGGCACUCUACUCCACGGCAACCGCGACCUUUGUAGUCUCGCCUCCCGACUCAAUUUGGCUGACACAUUAAGUGAUCUAUGUACGCGCGGUCAGGAAUCUGUCAAACUUGUACAAUGCGCCCAACAAUGCAUUAAUUACGUUUUCGAUAACGCGACUCCAUGAAGUUGAGGAACGAUGGGUA